UUCCUUAUAUACUGAUUUUGCGCGUGCUCGUUGUUUUUUGACAUGUUUCCCGUCGUCAUGCCCCGUUAACAGGCGCCUAAUUUAAUUUUCGCAAAAGUCUGAGCUUAUCGUGAGAAGGGCAAGCUCCAGUUCAGGAUUUGGGAGUUGUUGGUGUCUUCCACACUUUUUACAGGAACCAUCGCGUUUGGCGGCCGUUAUGGCAAAGAAGAAGAAAAGCAGCAAGAAACCGGUGGAGACCGCUGCUCCACCUGACAACGUGCCAACGAAUGCUGCGGAACCAAUUCCUAAUGCGCCUGAAGUUCCAUUGACAACAGAGGAAUCAGCCACAGAAGCAGAGUCCGGGGAGCAGUCUAUGCCAACCGCUUCCGAAGUGGAGCCCGACGAGGGUACGGUUCCCACGCUGGUGGAAGAGUCCACAUCUGCACCUUCACAACACCCUGAGACCAUAGAGACUAUACCAGACGAGGCUGCAGAGGCACCGGCCACUGAGAUCAUACCUGCUGCAGAGCUAGAUCCACCUAUGGGGGAAGAGCAGGAAUCUGGAUCGCCAGCGGAUACUACCGAGGCCGUGGAGUCAGAGAUUGCCGGGCAAAGCGCUGAAGACAUGCAUCAUACUACAGCAGAAGAUGAAGAGUCAUCAGUUAUUUGGGUUGGAGACACGCACGACCCAGAACCCGAUGCAGAGCAACAGAAUACGCCAGAGGAACAGCAGACCCCACAACUAGUCGAAGAAUCUACACCCCAGCCAGACCUUGUUCCUACUCAAGAUUCUAUUGAACCAACAGACACACCGGUUGAAGAUACAUCCGCGCCACAAGAACCUACAGCAGAGCUAGCACCCGAAGCAGAACCUGAAUUAAUCACUACCACCACAGAAGAAGUUAUCGAACUGACAAACCAGAUGGAUGGCGAUCUCAAUGGGAACGGAGCUGAGCAAGAUCCGACGGAGACAGUCGAGGCACCAGAGGCCCCACAGGCACCCGAGACACCGGAAGCACCUGAAGUGACAGAGAUAUCUGAAGCGCCAGAGGCACACGAAGCUCCAGAGACACCCACAAUACCAGAAGCUCCAGAAGCUCCAGAGGCUCCUGAAGAGCCAGAAUUACUAGAGGUGCCCGAGGCUCCCGAGGCUCCCGAAGCGCCAGAAGUGCCAGAAGCACCAGAAGUGCCAGAAGCACCAGAAGUGCCAGAAGUACCAGAAGUGCCAGAAGCACCAGAGGUACCGCAACCGCCAGAAGCUGCCGAAGCGCCAGAAGUACCAGACGCACCAGAGGUACCAGAAGCGCCAGAAGCGCCAGAAGUACCAGAAGCGCCAGAGGCUCCCAAAGCUCCUGAGGCUCCAUCAGUGGUUUCAGCUGAGACUGAUGAGGACGAUAUCAUCGAAGCUUUUACAGUUGAGGAUCUAUCAGCGCCGGAACCAGAGCCCGAGGCCCUUCCAAUAGCAGUCGAACGGUCGGUAGAUGUUGAGCUACCAGAUGCGCCUGUCAAAGGAGUAUCAGCAUUAGAAGCCCCCGAGACGAUCACACAUUCUGGGUCUGUUCCCGAGAUUUCAUCUGCAGAUGCCCACAUUGAGCCGACAAAAGAGCUCAUCGUACCUGCGGAAGAUGAAGUACCAAGACGGGAUGAGGAGCAAGAACAAGAGCGGCAUGAGGCCGAAGCAACGGCCGUUGCUGAGGCUCAAAAAUUUGCCGCGCUAGCAGAGGCCGCCCAAUCCCAGGAAGACGCACAGCAAGAAGAACUGAAGAGAUUAGAGCAAGAAGCAAUCGAGCACGAGAGGUUAGCGAAGGAAGCCGAGGCCAACAGACUACUGGAGGAGCAACGCGCAAGAGAGGCCCAAGAAGAGCUGGAAGCCGCCGCAGCCGUAAAACGGGCUCUAGAAGACAUGAGAGCUAAGAAGGAGGAGCAGCACAGGGAGACCGAGAGGCUCGAACAAGAGCGACUGGCCCGUGAGAGGCUCGAGCAAGAGAAGUUAGAACAGAUCGUUGAAGCGAGGAAGCUUCUGGCGUUAAUGGAAGAAGAACGGAGGGCCGCAGAGAUUCAAGAAGAGGCCGAAGCCGCUGCAGUCGCCGAAAAGGCUCGGAAAGAAAAGGAAGAGCUCGAAGCUGCAGCUGCUGCCGAACGUGCUCGCAAAGAGAAGGAAGAACUUCGGCAGGAACAAUUACGACGUGAGAGAGCUGAAGAGGCUCGAAUCGCUAGGAAAGCACGAGCAGCUGCGGACGUCCUUGCAGAAGAACAAAGAGAGGAAGCAGAACGGUUGGAACGGCUGGCCCAGGACGAGUCACGUGAGCAAGCUGAAAUACCAUUCAUCGCACGUCGAUCCAUGAUCGAAUCAGCACGUGCUCCGUCACCUCCUUCGGGAGUACCUGACAUGCACGAUCGUUCUCCAGUCUCUGAUCGACCAUUUCGAUCGUAUCGAUCUUUCGCGCCACAUGCACCGAAGCUUAGAACACACGAAGCGGGUCCAAACCAUGCACCGAAGCCUUAUGCUGUGGCACAGCUUAUUGAGGAUAACAGACCUGCGGCCCCGAGCCCGCCAAUGAGUAAAGCUCGACCAAGACACGCUCCCACCUUUGACAGCGACGACGAUUCAGAUUCUGCUCUAGUACAAAAUAGGAUAGCGUCGAGGCGUCCAUUUAGCGGUGAAGCGCAUGAAGUGUCGCGGUCCCACUUAGGCCCACAUCAACCACGUAGCGCUUUUGCAUCCCGAGUGCCUGUUGAGCCCACCUAUCCGGCCCCUCCACCAAAUUAUCAUCCCAGCUACUAUGCCCCGCCAGCCCAGCCGCCUCACCACUACCCAGAUCAUGCCUACGGCAUGAGUCAGCAGGGUUAUCCCGCGCCUAACCCCAAUCCUUACGGCCCUUCGUCGCAUUCUUCCUCCCCUCCCUACCAGGAAUCAUGGAGCCAAUACCCACCCGGGUACCCUCCUUAUGGCAGCCCACAUCAUCGACAGGACUCCUCUGGUUCUAGAGACCUUCAUUCGCAUGUUUUAGCCAAUCGACCUGCAAUCGAACACGUGUCUGGCGACGCACUCUCACAUAUCCCGCAGACUGAUCUGCACGUUCUACUUGCGCAUUACAAAGAGACUCACAACCAACUGCGUGCUAGGGAGGACCUGCUUCGUCGGCAAACUGCUGAGCAAGAGCAGAAACUCCGCGCAAAGGAUGGUGAGAUUGGUGAGCUGAAGCAGAAGAUUCGCAACUUGGAAGACAGGCAUUCAGCCGAGGCAAGCAGACUACACUUUCAGAUCGGGAAUCUGGAAGAGCAAGUCAGAGAGCUCCGAGAGCUGAUUGCUGAAACCAAGAAAGCUAGAAGAGACGCUGAAGAGACCAAAUUGGUACUGGAUGCAGCCAUGAGGUCUUGGGAGGACAGGUACAAAGAAUUGGAAGAUGUGCAUCGCACGCUGGAGAGGACAUCUGCCGAGGAGAGGGAAAGAGCAUGGAGGGAUUUCGACGAAUGGAAGGAGGCCACGAAUACGAAACACGACGCGGAGAAGAUCGCCCUUGCUAUCCAAUUCGACAAGAAGCUGAAGCAAGCUGGGCAAGAUGCUGCCGAGGCAGCUGAGCUCAGGGCCCAGCUUCAAGCAGCUCUUAACCGAGAGCAAGAACUCAUCAGGGAGCGCGACGACCUACAGAAGAUGCGAGAAGACUCGGACAGGAGGGCUGGGGAAGAAGCAGCGAGAGCCGAUCAACUGGCGAGAGAGAAGGAUGAGCUGAUGAACUCAUUCGACCAACUCAGAGCCGAGAGUCAACGGGAGAAGGAGGUCAUCAGGAGUGUUGCCAGCAACCUCGAGUCGGAGAAAUCCAGACUAGAGAAGAUGAUGGAAUGCUAUGGUGAUAUCGCCGAGAUCAAGAGCAAGGGCGACAACUACUACCUGGUUUCAUUCUCUCAGCUGCAAAGGCAAAUCAUCGAUCUUGCUACAACCCAUUUCGUUCACCUUCCAGUAAGGCCGCCGCCGGAGGAUCUUGCACAAGUACCGUCCAACCUACCGUCCUUCCUCGGUGACAGCAUUGCUUCCAGACAAGUCCGAACAGCGUACAUCGCCCACACUGUAUCGAAACUCAUUACUUUCCGUGUCUUUGGCCCAUUCUUGUUCAGUCUUGGACGUCGCUACGACAAAGCCGACUCUCUGUUCUCCUCGAUGAGCCACCACAUUCGCGAGAAGAGCACGCGCAAAGAAGCGAUAUGGCGACAACAAACACUCCUUGCUGCAUUCACCAGCACCGGCGCGAAGCAGCGCAUCAAUACUGCUGCUGGAACCGUUGUCGAAGAGAUUGUCAACGCUAUCCGACACUUUGCUGAUCCAAAAGAGGAGGAAGGCAUCAAGAUCGCCGUGAAGCGCAUCGUGAAGGUCGCUGCGGAGACAUGGAGAUUUGCUCGUCUCGAGCGCGAAAUGAUCACAGCCGUCAUGCCUGCGCUACACGACGAAGAGCAUCAAUUUACCAGCAACCAAUUCUGGCCAGCUUACAGCUCAGAAACAGGCUCAGCGACAGAUGAGCCGCCUCCCCCCGAUUCGCAACGACAAUUGUUACUUAGGAUCUUCCCGGUUGUAUACCGCGAAUCGAAGCACGAGAUCUUCCAGAACAACGAAGAGCAGCGUGACGAAGGCUGCAUUCUCCACCAUGGGCUGGCUCUGUAUGAUGAUGCAGAGCCAGUCGUGACGAGAAUGGAGGAGCUCAAAUCUGCUGGUUUGCCUCCCCAUACCACUGCAUUAACGAGUCCGACUGACGAGGGCAAGUUUCCGCCGCCGGCUUGCCCGCCUCCUCGCGACCCAAUACCACCUCCCCCCUCUCCCCCCGCCCCUCGAUCUCCGACGAAAGCCGAGACGAAUACGGAUGAGGAGUCCCCGGUGUCACGACCGAUGUCACCAGAGAAGCCAGAAAAGCCCAAGAAGCUCUCGGCUAUCGAGCGAGCGUUGAACCUCUUCUCUGCUCCUUCCUCGGACGACAAGCCGAAGCCUCCAGGCUCUACCUUCUCACGUCCGCCGGCGCCCCCGACUUCCGUGUUCACGUCGCCUAGGAACUUUAUUGGCAUGCCUGUGGAGAGUUUGGCUCCCUCACAUGCCCCGAGUACAAGGAAGAAGCCGCCACCACCGCCGAAGCCUGCGUCGAAGCCCGACAUACCUUCCACGGCCGCAGAAAUCGCGGAAGCCAUACGCCAUCGCCAGUCUAUGGAAAGCGCGAUCCUACCGCCGUCCUUCUCACGAACUACGACGGAUGAUACUAUUCAUGAGCAAUCCGAAUCGCGAGCUCCUACGCCGGUAGACACGGUCUCUCAAAUGUUUGAUGCCAUCGAUGAGAUCGAAACGCUCGUGCCUCAACGUACGCGGACUACGUCAACCUCUACCACGCAUUCGCGACGCCGCUCUACGCACACUCGCCGUUCUACCGAACACGCCAUUGAGGACGAGCUGUUUGACAUCACUCCUCGACCGGAUCACACUCGCAGAAAGAGCGGUUAUGCGGCAAGCAUUCGCACGACCAAGUCUGCCGAUACCGAGCGCACUGAUCGAAGUGAGCGUACCGACAAGAGUGAGCGCACUGACAAGAGCGAACGUACCGAGAAGAGUGAGCGGACAGAUAAGAGUGAACGCACAGACAAGAGCGAGCGGACGGAGAAGAGUAGUCGCAGCCAUCGGACAGAGAAAAGUGACCGUUCGGAUAAAACCGAGCGCGAAAAGGCUCGCUAUGUGUACGAGACUCGUGGUGCUGCUAUGAAAGCUCUAUAUCCCAACACUCCAGUGAAGGGCUCUCAUGGCAGCACUAGAAACUCCGAGAGGAGUGUGAAGAGCGAGAGAAGGAAGGAAAGAGGCAGCAAGGACUCAACGAAGGAAUCGAACUUAACGAGAGAACCUCGAGAGUCGAGGGAGGCCAAGAGAGAAUCACGAGAGGUCAAGAGACAAAGGAGUAUCUCCGAUGCUGGCACUUGGGAUACCAACAGCAUCAUGACUCACGACUUUGCGCCUACGACCAUCACGACCAACGCACCCUAUCCCUUCAUGUACGACUCAAGACGAGACUCGAAAGAGUUGAAGCGAGAGUCUAGGGAGAUACGGCGGCAACGUAGCAUCUCUGACGCUGGCACCUGGGACACGAGUACUGAGAUCAGUCAGCGUCCUCCGCCCACCACUGUCUCGACCAACGUUCCUUACCCUACGGGAAUGCCUUGGGAGCUGAAGCGAUCAAGAAGCAUUUCCGACUGUGGUACCUGGGACACCAGCAGUGAGGUCACUCAACGUGCGCCUCCUACCACCGUUUCGACCAACGUCCCCUACCCUAUGGAACAACACGUGGACGAGUCGGAACGAUGGUCCAUGCCACCACCUCGCAACUCAAUGAGAAUGGAGGUCUCCGACGAUGAGGUGUCUGACACUGGGACCUGGGAUACCAACACUGAGAUCAAUACCCACCGUGCUCCCCCUACGACCGUGUCUACGAACGUGCCCUAUCCUUCCUACAACGCUCCUUCUACCAUUAUCUCUACGAACACUCCUCGGUUCACACAGCCCCCUCGACAGCUGCGGAGACCCAGCGUUUCCGAUGAUGACGCGUCUGACGAUGCCGUCUCCGACACGGGGACAUGGGACACCAACACCGAGAUCACCACCCAUCGCGCGCCUCCCACGACCGUCUCCACCAAUGUGCCCUACUCAAGCAUAAUGCACCGCCAGCUGAGAAGGCUGAGCGGCAGCGACGCCGGCACAUGGGACACCGCCAGUGAAGUCACUCAACGUGCUCCCCCUACAACAGUGUCAACAAACGUACCCUACCCCUCCGCGCAAUUCAGCGACCUUGGCCCCUCAAGCUACCCACCCGGUCCCUUCGAGCAGCUCAAGCGAGUCGAACAACUCCGGAAGCAGCAUGAGCACCACAGCCUCUCCGACGACGGUUCCGACUCUGGUACUUGGGAUACAAGCAGUGAGAUCACUCACGCUAACAACGGACCUGCUACUGCUACGGCUGUGUCCCAGAACAAGUCCUACCACCGUUCCGAGAGGCCGAGAGCGCCGCGCAGACAGACGAGUCCUGGUCCUUCAGAGGCGGGGACGUGGGACACCAACAGUGUGAUUACGAAUAACGAUAUGAAGACGACUGUUUCGACAAAUGCGGGGUAUGCGUCUGAGCGAAGAUCUCGAUAGGCGCGUGCGAGAAUGGUGCGAAGACGGCCUAAAUGGCUCGCAAGGUACUGCUUCUUUUCUUGAGCUGUUGUUGCUGUGCUUUUUUCUUUCUUUUUUCUUCUUUUUGGUUCCGCUCUAUGCGUAUGGUCGCAUCUGCGAGAUAUUGUAGGAACUCGCGUUGAUGAUGCGAAUGAUGCAGAUGAAGGAUGAACACGAGUGAAAGUAUAUAUGGUUUACGGUCGAACAAAUGCAUGAUGAUGAAGAUGGUCUCGAGAUAGUUGCAUUUCUGUAGCAGGGCGUUCUGGUUUCUUGCUUGUUUGAUUCGAGCAGACGAGCUUGUAAGAUAGUUAUCAUAUCAUCUGUUUUCAAGUACAACAUACUGCUCUCAUGAUCAGACGUGUGAAGCAGCUUGUGUCUUUGGUUGUGCCUGGCAUUAGGAACGUAGCCUCAUUGCC